AUGGUGGAAAAAGGGCUUGCUAGUGAAUUUAUAGGUCUUGUGAUUGAUGGUAAUGAUGAUAAUGAUAGGUGUGAACCAUUGAAGCAAUAUCUUUUAAAUAACACCGACCAAUCUAUCAAGUGGCUCAAUCUACUUUUAAACGAAACGGCAUACGUAACAAGACUAGCGUAUCCGGCUACCAUCAACACAUUGCGACUAGCAUUUCAAGACACCAAUAUUAGAAAGAAUAUAACACCACAACAUGUGAAUAGUGUAAAAGAAGAGUUACAAAGACAUUUGAUGGCAUCACACAGCAAUGCAUACUCUCAAGAACAAACAGUCAACGCAGCUUGUAUAAAUAUUCUUCAUAUUGCACAAGUCCUAAAAGAUGAAUACAAUGCACAUUUACAUGUUGAACAAAAUAGUAGAGAUUUUGCAUUCAUGCUAAUGAUUCAAGCAAAGCAAUUACCAUUUAUAAGAGAGAGAACCGAUCCAAAGGUGGCUGUUCUUGGUAGUCUGUCGGUCAUGAAAAGUCGUGGUAAAUUGGAUUUCGAGUCUUUGGAGAAUACAAGGUUUUUUGGUCUCAUCCUAUCAACCAUCACAUCUUUGCCACAAGGAGGAGAUGAAAAGAUCGAUGCUUCCAUUCGAUUCCUUUCAGUCUUUACAAAUGCUAGAGGUGAAUUAUCAAUAGAUAUGUAUCAACUAUUAAACAAAGAGGCACUACUUGAUAUCGCAUUGGCUGCACUUAAUCCAUCACAAAGAGACCUAUAUAGAAUUUUAUGUCCAAUUCAAUCAAUGAUUGCGAGAUUACAAGGAAGAAUGGAUUGGUCAGAAUUGGUUAUACCUAUUGUAAAAUUAUUUGAUACUCUGUCAGUGCCAACUGAUUCAGGAAGUCAUCGAAUAGUAUGUGAUAUUUUAAGUGACAUUUGGUCAAUCAAAACAACAACACCAGAUGAAAAUAAGAAACUUGUAUCAAAACCAAUUCAACAACUAUUCCAUUAUACAUUGGUACGAGAUAAUGCCAACCCUUGUAACUUUUGGAAAAUCAUGAAAUUUGCAAAAGAUAUCCUUCCACUAUACCUCCCACUCUUGAUGAAACAUAUUUAUUCAGAGUUGGGAAUCCGUAGUGGUAGUAGAGAUACAGAUACUAAAGAAGAAGAAGAAUUGGAAGAAGAUGAAGAAUUGGAUCAAAACAUAGAAGAAACUAUUUGGUUGUUAAAAAAGAUUGUUAAAGUUGCUUCUCGGUCUGAUAUAUAUCCAUAUGCAUGGACGUUGGCCAAAACACUUGUCAGAUAUCGGAAUAGUACAACAUUGCCAAUCGUCUCUGGUCUUUUGGCAUCGAUUCGCCAGAUCUCUAAUGAUAAGGACUUUCUUCAACAUCGACCAACAUUUAUUCACAUUUUUACAAAAUUCUUCAACUAUAAAAUCAACAAAUCAACUAGUCAAGGAUCAUCACCUUGGUUUAUUGACAACGCUGUAUCAAUCCAGAAUCUAAUACAAUCGGUUGGACCUUGUAUAAUACCUCAACACAUGGUGAUUAAAUGUUUCACACAAUUUAUUGUAUUACAACAACAAAGAUUCCAAUACAUGGGAUCUCGUCUAGAUCGUCAACAUCAACCUCAAAUAGAAUAUCUUGGUCGUCUAAGUUGUGUCUCCAACCUCUUGAUGACUCUAUUAGAGUUGAAUGGAGAUGAUAUCCAGACAGAAUCAUAUCCAGACACUUCAACAAGAAAACUUUGUGAAGCUUCAAUGGCCAUUGUAAAGGAAAUCGAAAUAGAACAAAGAGAAUCAAACAAAAUAGAUGAUUCCAUCUAUUUUAGAGAUUUGUCAAUAUUUGGUGCAACCAUUCUAUUUUUUGUAAACAAUUAUGCAAAUGUACCAGAAUUAUCGCCAACGUUGAUAGAGGCAUCAUUACCAAAGAUUGGAUACAUUAUAAACAUGUUGGGUGAUAUUAUAGAAGAGACAGAGAAAAAUGAUCUUGGAAAAUCAAGUAGAUUAAGAAAGGCAAUUAGGAGUGUACUAGAGUAUAUAGAAAACUAUAUAUCAGUAGCUCCUUUGAUUUCAAAUCAAAAAGGAGAAAAGAAGAAUGAAACUGUACAAUUAAUCAAAUAUCAAAUUGUUACCAUCAGGGAUUUGUUUAGUAAAAAAUAA